AUGACAGUUUUGGCCCUCAAAACAUCUCCAGCUGAUAUGAGAGAGACACUUGGAAAAAUGGUGAUUCGGAAUAGCAACGUUGGUGAUCUAGUAACUGCUGAUGAUCUUGGCGUUGGAGGCACUUUAACUGCGCUAAUGAAGGAUGCCAUCAACCCCACUUUGAUGCAGACCCUUGAAGGAACUUCUGUUCUUCUUCAUGCUUGCCCUUUUGCAAAUGUAGCUCAUGGAAAUUCUUCUGUUGUGGCUGAUAAGAUUGCACUGAAGUUGGUGGGACCAGACGGUUUUGUGGUUACUGAAGCAGGUUUUUGUGCUGAUAUUGGAACCGAGAAGUUCAUGAGUACCAUUUGCCAAUAUAAUGGUUUAACUCCUCGGUGUGCCGUUACUGUGGCAAAAAUAAGGGCCUUGAAAAUGGUUGCUGGUGGGCCUGAAGUUGUUGCUAGGAAACCUGUUGACCGUACUUACUUAAAUGUGAAUGUGGCUCUGGUUGAACCUGGCUGUGUGAAUCUGGCCAGGCAUAUUGCAAACACUAAGGCAUAUGGUGUGAAUGUUGUGGUAGCUGUUGACAUGUUCACGACUGAUGCUGAAGCUGAACUAUAUGCGGUAAAAAAAGCCGUAUUGGCUACUGGGGCAUAUGAUGCUGUGAUUUGUACUCACCACGCCCAUGGUAUUAAAGGAGUGGUAGACCUUGGAAGUACCAUUCAAAGAGCUUGUGAGAAUCUGGCACAGCCGCUUAAGUUCUUGUAUCAUUUGGAUGUUAGCAUUAGAGAGAAAAUAGAGGCAAUAGCAUGGUCCUAUGGUGCAAGGGAAGUCGAAUACUCAAAACAGCUAGGUCAAGAAACAGAUUGA